AUUGACCUCUUCUGGCUCUGACAUGAACCACUUCCUUUACUUUCUCCUCUUCUGUUACAUAGCUUUUUGGCUCUCUUACCUCUUCCAGAACUCUGAAAUCGUACAGAGCAAAUAAUAAGUAAAUUUCUGGAAUAUGAUAUGAUUAUAUCAAAAACUCAAAGUUAAGAAUUUUUUUCGAUGCCCUCCUAGUUACUGAUGGCUCUCUUAUAAAUUACCAAUAAGUGAUUACUUGAUGUAAUGAAUGUUGUGUUGUCCCAGGACAGCUUCACAUCCCGUUGAUCUGAUAAUCACAAAAGAGAGGACUCUGCGUGAUAACUUCACUGUCACAGACAUCAAUGACAGCAUUGUUUUCACAGUUAAGAGUCCUCUGGUGACCAUCGUAACACCACGCGAACACCGGUUCUUACAUGAUGCUCAUGGAAACCCAAUUCUCCAUCUUCGCAGAGCGCUACUAGCAGCAAGUGAUUGUUGGGAAGCAUUUAGCGGUAAAAGUACAGAACCCAAAGACUUGAUCUUUACUAGGAAGCGAUCUUCAUUAUUCCAGCUAAGGACUACAUUAAAUGUGUUCUUGGCAAAUAAUACCACAAAAGUUUGUGACUUCAAGGUCAAAGCAAAUUUAUCUGCACGAUCAUGGGUUGUUUACAUUGGCGAGUCUGACACUGUUGCAGCCAAGAUAAAGAAGAAGUUUGGCUCUGUAUUUAGCAGAGAAAAGUUCAUGGUCACUGUGUCUCCGAACAUUGACUAUGCAUUCAUUGUGGGACUAAUUGUGACUCUUGAUGAUUAAACCACUACAUGAACAAGGGAAAUUCAAGGGAAGAGGAGUAUGCGAUUAGCGAUAGUCUCUUGGACACUCUCAUUCUAACACUAACUCUUUUUUAUUAUUGGUUAAAAUCUAUAUAGGUUUAACUAAAUUGAGAGUUGACUCAUAUAUUUUAGUUGACCCUACAUGGAUUUUAACUAAUAAAAAAUAAAGUGUUAGACAAAGAAUAUUGGUAGCAUUUCUCUUCAAUGGAAAAUUAUGUUUUAAGUUUAUAUUUUUUUAUUUUUUCACUAUGGAUAAUAUGUGGGACUUAUUUCUUGUAUUUUUCUUGAUUUCUUUUGUAAUUUUUUUAUGAAUAAUUUCAAUUAUAAGUACAAGAUUUUAAAAAUUUAUCAUAUUCACAUGAAA